CCCAAUAGCCCAACAACAAACCCACUUCCAACACAUCCGGAUCAAACGCCAAAUCCCUAGUUAGCUACCCUGAUUGAUCGAUCUGAUAAAAACCUACCCAAAUCUUUACCGUCUAGUCCUUGUACUCGCAGAAAACAGAUUUAUGAAUUUGAAGAUGAAUGGUGAAGUGAAUAAUAAAAACGGAGGUAAAGAAGAAGAACAAGAUGGUCUUUCAGUUCAUUCUCCCUGCAAACCACCAAAUUCAUCCGCUUCUUCUCUUCGAAAGGAGCAAUCACAGGUUGAAUUGGAGCUUAAGUUAUUAGAGGCUCUUGAAAUCUACCCCCCUGUAAAAUUAAGAGGAAUACACCGCCACUUUGUUCUUUAUGGUCUGACAGAAUACAUGCGGAGAAGCUUCAAUCGACAGUUCUCCGCUUCAGAUGUCCUUCAAAUGUUGGAUCGUUUCUACAACUUGGAAAUGCUGGCAGAUGAUGAGGAGAUUGGGAUACUGAAUAAAGUAGAAGAAUUUAGCUUGCCGCCGAGUUAUUUUACAAAGGAAGAAUCUUGAAAUGCGACAUACAUAGUAUAUGUAAAUAGACAUGUUCUGUUUUUAAGUUUGAUAUGUUUCUUGACUUAUCUUUGGAGGUCUGUUUGUGAUCAUGUACAUUAUGUUAGGAUAAGUUAGUUGAUAAUGGUUGUGCGGUGGUGUUAAACA